AUGUCGGCCGGCUGGACGAUCCCGCCCGUGUCAGCCGUGGAGAGCGGCCUGGUGAUCAGCGACGGUCAGCUGGUCUCGCUCAGCCGUCAGAACCUGCUCGACUGUGUGUCGCCGCCGUCGAUGGCCGGCGCGCUCGAGUACGUGCACGAGCACGGUCUGGCGUCCGAGGCCGACUACCCGACCACCGGCGGUCAGGGCACGUGUCGGCAGAACGCGCCGGCCGCCGCCGCCCUGGAUCAGGUGCACCAGGUGACGAGUGGUGACGAGGUCGGCCUGGCCGCCGGCCUCCUUCAGAACCCGGUCGCCGUCCUCAUCAACGCUGGACUCGCCUCGUUCCAGGUGGGCUUCAGUCCCAGCGUGCUCUACUCCUCCGGCAUCUACGACGACCCGCGGUGCACGGCGUCGGGGGUUGACCACGCCGUCCUCCUGGUGGGCUACGGCACGGCGUCCGGCACCGCCUUCUGGACGCUGGCCAACUCCUGGGGCACGUCCUGGGGCGAGGCCGGCUUCAUGCGCAUGAAGCGGGGCGACAACAUGUGUGGCGUCGCCUCCUACGCAGCCUACCCCACCGGCGUGCAUGCCGCCUGA